AUGAACCAUUUUGAAGAGUGGAGACAUGAUACUUUGAAAGAAAUUAUAAAAGUUGGGAAAUCUCACGAGUCACCAGAUGGAUUCAAAGUGUGUAAAGAUGUCAUUAUUGAAGCAAUGUUGCAACAUGAAUUAGAUUUGAUUAAACCUGAGGAAACGAAAUAUCAAUUCCUAGAAUUCAAUAGGAUCAUUAAAGAAGUAAUGGACAUAGCUCAACCUGAACUUAAUGAUAGAAUUUGUAGCUAUUUUAAGUUGUUGCAAAUAGUGAGUUUAGAAAGUACUUGCUUGAUGAUUAAAUGA